GGUUCGGCGUCGCCCGCCACGUGACCACGACCAACCAAUGGUGGAAAAGCACAGGCGGUUUCGACGUCCCGCGUGACGCGGUCAGCCAAUAGACAGGCAGCGAUCGUGACUAUUAUCCCACGUGACGCGGAGAUCCGACGAAUGGUCGAUAAAGUUACUAGCGGUACGAGCUCGUGACUGAUUGGCCUCGCGCGACUCGGCGCUCAACCAAUCAGCGCGCAGCCUCUGGGAAAGGCGGCGCUUUUGAUAAAGUUAACUGCUCCGGCGAAGGGCCAUUGCCCGAAACGUCGCCAAUUAUGUUUUAUUUUUUACAUUUAGUGGCACAGUGUUGCCGACCAGCGUGUUGACAUUCUUUUUUUUGCCGCCUUUGCACCACUGCAGGAUCACGACACUUGAGAGCGUUGCAUUUUUACCCUUGCGCGGGGCCGCUCAGCGAUGGGGACGCGGGGUCGGCUCCACUCCGCCACCGCAGGGCCCCCUCGUAGCUCCCCUCGUCGCUCCUCGUAGCUCCCCUCGUCGCUCCUCGUAGCUCCCCUCGUCGCAGCUCCUCGUAGCUCCCCUAGGUACCCCCUCCUCCUUCCACUGCCCUCCCCAGGGCCGGCAGAGCGCAGGGGGUGCUGGGCGCGGCAUGCGGACCCGACGGCGGCCACCGACAGCCGGCGAGGAGGCGUGCAGGAGCACGCGAGCACGGGACGAUGGAGAGGAGGAGGCGAAGGGAGGAGGGGAGGAGACGGAGGUCGCGGCGGACGGGGCGCAGACCCCGCAGAGGACCCAGGGCUGCAGGCUGAGCCGGCACAGGCGCGGGGAGGCGAGGAGCGCAGCCUCGCAACUCGGGAGGAUGGCGGCGGGUGAGGCCCGGGGAAGAGCUCAGGCGAACAUAAUGAGCACCAACGCACAUGGCAGCGCUGUUCUGGAGUCUGGGCUGGCUGCUCACACCUCUGGGUGCAGUGAGUCUGAGCACGACAUCUCCUGGAACCCACUGUCGCCCUCACAGGGACCCACAGCCGAGCGGAGGGGAGCCUGGCCAAUUAAAACAAACCUGGCUGACAUCAUCAAGAAGCUCAAGCCUGUGGAAGAGCCCAUGCCCAACAGCAUGGGUUCCUUGGUGACCUUGUGGAUGGAGGGGGAAGGCAUUUCUCCGUCAUCUAGUUCCUUCUCACCAGAGCCCAUUAAGCAUGAACACAGCACCCAGGGCAGGAAUAAAAGACGGAGGGUCGAGUGUCGGGAGCUGCGCCCUGAGGAGCUGGUGAGCAUGGCGAAGGACAUAGAUCGUGCGUCCCGGGACGGCAACAACGCCUCGUCGACCGUGUGCUCGGAGCACGCCCGGUCCCCGCCUCAGCAUGGCAAUGCCACCACCCACGGAGGAGUGACGACCGCAUUUGGAGCAGAUCUGCCGCCGCAGGGCUCGCUCCACUCGGCGACGCGUCUAACUCACGCGGACAUCCUGAGGGAACGCGUGGGCAUUGCCAGACGCUCGGAGAACGGCCGCGACGAUGACAGCACUCCCACGCGAAUCCUCGGCACUCCCGUGUCCAGCCCCUUGGUGAACGUCUUGCUGCCUCACGAGCUGGAACCGUCGUCGGAGCCCAUGUCCGAACACGCGUCCACCAACAGCGGCGACCGCCCCCGGCCAUCACAGCUCACUUUCUAUCCACCUUUGCAGAGCACGCCCAAAGCCAAAGGCUCAGGGUGGCAGUACGAGGCAGACUUGCACGCCCUUUUCGACGAGGAUACGAUUGACCCGUCGCAUCCCCUCAGUGAAAGGGGUGCGGUGGGCACGGGUUUCCAAGAUAAGCUCGCGACGGCGUCCUCUGCUCCGAGACUGGCCAAGAAAACGGCAUGUCACAGUGUUCAAGGUCUGCGCUGCACAUCUGAGGCAGCGCAAGUAUUAUUGGCUGGGGACCUGCCUUCUUGCGUCAUCGACGCUCCGCCUGCUGGGGCGAGGGCAAGACCUUUGUGCUAUGAACCCAGCGGUGCUGCUGACUGCGCACAGCGGAAUAAGGAGGUUGGGAGUGCCAGGCCCACGAACGCGAAUACAGGAGACACAGUGUUGGCGUUUGCCGAGGGCGCAGCAAGGGAUGGUGGCACGGCGACCCCUGUGAUUCCAGGGUCGAAUCUAUCCAUGGAGAACGUGUUUGACGACUGGGAGGAUGAUGACUGGGUGCACGACAGUUCCUUCAUUGCUGUUUCCAAUCAAUUGUCUGACCUCGUGACGAACUCUGAACGUGUGGAUGCCACUGCCAACAGAACCUUAGUCGUGGAUGAAAUGCAGGACAACCAGGCGGCUCGAUUGAAACCUGAUUCUGUUGAAGCUACAUCUUGCUUAAUGAAUGCCCCUAUUAAGCAGAGUACAAUGCCAUCUGGGCAUUCAGCAUAUUUUCCGAACGGUUUUAAUACGGUCUCCCUAGAAAAACAGAAUUCACUUCCCAGCAUGCCACUGCAGAGCACGUCCUCAAGCAUUGCGACAGGCAUAGAGCGAGGGAGUGCAGACCAGUCUGGUCAAGGUCCGUGUGCCAGUGGAUUUAGGCCAAACAGACCAAUGCAGGCCGCAGUAAAAAGUUCGCAUCCAGUGGUUGGUCAGAGGGGUGCAGCAAUGAAAAUAUCUACGAAGCUCGAGUGCGCAGACUCUCUGGGCCCUGCUGUGGUUCAGAUUAACCGUGAGUCUUUCAAGGCAACAGGCUCACGCCAAGAGAAGGGCGGAACUGCUUGCCGAGUUCUUGGCCCGAAUCAGACCCUUGAAGCUAACCAGAGUGUCAUCUCUAUGCCUAAUUAUACAUUUUCCACCAAACCUCAACCUAGUUCAAACUCUGUUAACCCUACCCAUAAUUUUGAUCCUGCACACAGUUCCAAAUUAAACCUUAAUGUCCACCUUAACCUCAGUGCUACCUCAAAUUGCAAAUCCAAUCUUAACCCAAUCACUGAUCCCAACCGAGUUAAACCCAAUGCUGCAAGUACAGUCAUCGGUGAGGAUGAAUGGGAUGACCUCGGUAAUAUGGACGAGCUCCUGAGCAGGAUCCGGGAGCCCGUUGACGGCAUCUGGGACAAGCAAUCAGACAUUGACCCCGUGGACAAUAAGGAGUGCGCACUUUCGGCAAGUUUGACUGCCCUGACUGCAGACCGCCCGCCUGGCAGGGCGGAUGCGAAGCCGAGUGGCUCUGGUGCCUCCUGCGGUGUUGCAACAACAGCUGGGGCGGUCUGCUUUGAGGUAUCGUCAGGCACAUGUCCCACGAAGCAGCACAGCUUCAAGUUCGUCCGAACUAACAACAACUCGGCUGUUGAAAGGGCAAGUGACAACGAUAGCCUUUCGCUAUUGGCCCAGGGUGGCAUGGGAACACGGAGCGCCGUGGGUGCAUCCGGCUCUGCACUGACCAUUCCACACACGGUGCAUCUGAACACCGUCUUGCCCAGCCACAUCAAGUCCAGAAAUACGCUGCUGCAGGCUCGGGCGGCAGGAGAGAGCGAAAAGGCGAGCGUGCUCGUGCCGUUAUCGAGCGUCCUACCAGCCGGCGCCCAGACGUUUGUGUCGAAACCAGUGGCUUCAGUGGUGCCGCCCACUCGCAGACUCACCGUGCCCGAGGCAGCAGCUGCGCGUCCAGGGCCACCGAGGAUCGGCGAUUUCCAGGGGAGGAGCGGUGGGGCCACCGGCGUGCCCCCAGGUGCUCCGGGUUGCCCCCUGAACCGCAGCCGCUCGGCAUUUGAUAUCCUGUCAACGAAUUCGAAGCCUGUCUUGCGGAGACACUACACGGACACGACGGUGGCCUUCACAGGAGGCCCGAAGCAAUGCGGCCCUGAAGAGAUUGAGCGCAAGAGGCAAGAGGCGCUGGAUCGGCGUAGGCAGAGUGCUAGCCAGCAGUAUGCCACCCAGCGCGCAACAAGGCCACCCAUUAAGCUGCGUGAAUCUCAGACAAACACGAAAACCUGAAAGCUGUGGAUGUGACCUACAGUUUGACACUGAUGAUGUUUCAUCCGGCUGAAUAGAGCAGCACUUGUCUGCUCUUGCACUUGUGUCUUUCUGCUCCACGCACAGCAGCCAUUUGUUUCCUCUGCCCUGUUGCUCUCCUCCCUGCAGUCCGCUGCACAUCUGUGUACUUUAAUACAUUGAAUGUGUAAGCUUUCCUUGAUCUGAGCCAGCAGUCCUUUGGCUGCUGGUUCCCCUGAACUAAACCAAUGAGUGCUGAUGCACGCUGGAACGGGGUGAGACAUCAUAGGUGGACCCCUUUUUUAGUGCAUUGCCUAAUACACCACUAAAGUGGUCCCUGGAAAUAUCAGUCAUCCUACUCAGCGUUGAUGUUCAGAAAAUGCUUUGUUAACCCCAUGAAAAUGCAACAUGUUCCUAAGAAUCUCUUAAGAAUAUCCUUAUUGACAUAUCAUGUGCCUUGAUAAAUGAAUAUACAGAAUCGUUCAAUUGUACACUGUCACAUUAAGGGACGAUGCCGAAAUUGUUGUACCAUGCUUUCGAUAGGUCAAAGAAAAUUCAACUCAUUCUGAAGAAUCUUUUAAAAAUCACUUUGUUGACAGAUCCUAUGCCUUGAUAUGUGAAUAUACAGGCAGUUGAAGUGUUACCUUUUCACCUUAAAGGAAAAUGCCACCCAUGCAACGGGAUGCUCUUGAUUACACUUUCAAAAACAUCGAUCCACAACACCGUGGCAAUGGAAUGCAUAAUGGGAAUGUAUCUGUCAGGCCCUGGUCCGAGGCACCAGGAUGGUGUGCUACCAUAUGGAGCACCCCUUCCAUGGUAUACCACGCAUCGUUGCUUAGCCGUGCCUUUGUGGUGGGAUUCCAGUGUGGCUGACAUUAAGAAAUGGUGGAAUGACCAUGCUGCUACUUUAAUUUGACAGUUUGUGCCAUUUUUUUAAUGAAGAGAAUUUCUAAAUUGUGUUGGAUCGCCUGUAAUGAACUGCCUAUGUGUGUGUGAAAGAAUAGCUCAGCUGCUUAAAUGUUAAUUUUCUAAUUGGUUGCAGAGCCACAUUCUUGACAACAGUGGUGUUCUGGUACUUCUCUUGAUUCUGGUUCAACAUUUAAGGUCAUGCCAGACAGCUGCAUUUGCGGCCAAGAUCAUUUUGAAUGAUAUCGUUUUUCUAUUUGGUAUCUUGGCAAAAUUCCUCCCUUCACUUGGAGCUCGGCCACCAUUGGCCAGGCUUGAGAAUAGCAAUAGACUUUUACACAUUAGGCUGCACGUCUAAUUUACGUCAAAAUAUUGGUUAAGUGGCGGUGCAGUGUUGUGCGUUUUAGCCUGUUUUGGCUUCAUGAGCGAUACAGACUGGGCCCUACUGGCUUACAUGCGUAUAUAUUACAAUACUAAAUUAUUUUCUUUUGUGCUCCGUUGCAGUCACAUUUGGCAUAUUCUCCAGGAUUCUAUGAAUGAUGUAGAGCCUUGCUGCAUAUGAAGUUUUUGCUAAAGCAUGAGCAUGGCUAACAUUUCCCCCCUGAUAAUUAUUUGAAACGUUAAUAACAUUUAACUCAAUCAGGACUGACAACUAACUGCAGCUAGUAUUCUUUUCAUAUUUCUGUUCUGAAUAAUGGAGGUUCAAAACAUUUUAAAGUAAUACAUAUGUACUUUUUACACUAGCUUGUUUAUUCAGAACGUGAUGUAAACAUAGCCAUGCAUUGCAUCAUAAAGGAAAGUGGAUCCGGCUUGGCUUUCGUAUUUAGUCAAUCCUUCAACGAUAAAUAGCAUACGUGGUGAUGUGGUAAUGUAAAGGUUCAGCCCUGUAACGUUUUGCUUUCGACACUGCCAGCAGAAGGGCCUCCUCUAGAGGGAGCUCUCGAGUGCCCCUCUGGAGAACACGUGACCUAUUCUCCACACUGGCCAAGAUGUUAAUGAAUUGGCAGGACUCGCACUUUACCCCAUGCUGCCUGCCAAUCGACUUGCUGGGUGGGGGUGGGUGGGGGACCACUGCAGGUCCCAGCUUGUGGUAGCCCAGCACAAAAUGUGUUUGGCACCCAAGUGAGUCGUACAGAAUAUUUUCUUAAGACCUGUUUCAUAUGUUUGUUCAUGUUUUACUCUUCAAUGUCAGUGACAAACGCACUGGGUUUGAUGUGUUGGGCAAGUUUGUAUGCUCAAGCGAAUUGUAAAUAAAGUGUUACAUGUUUA